AUGGAGAAGGAAGAUGACAGAGUCCAGACCGUGGACAAGGUUCCAAACCCGGCAGCUGCUGAUCUGGCGGCAUCGAAGACAGCAAAAGUCCAAAACGUUGCCUAUAGCGAUGCCAUCGCCAAGGACAACCUCUCUCCGCGGGCAUGGUCGGUCUGCAAACUCUAUGCAAUCAUUGCUCUUGUCACACUAAAUAAUUGUGGCAACGGCUUUGAUGGAACCAUCAUGUCGUCCGUUAAUGCUAUGGAUCCUUUCCAUGAAUUUUUCGGCACUGAAAUGCAAGGUGCUUCCAUUGGAGCUGUCUUUGCGCUUUAUAGUGUCGGAAACAUCCUUGGUUGCCUCGUUGCGGCUCCUGCUUCUGAUUUCUUCGGUCGGCGAUACGGCAUGGUCGUCGGGUCAAUCUUUGUCAUCAUUGGUGCCGUCAUCCAGGCAGCGGCCCAGAAUGUUGGAGCAUUUAUGGCCGGGAGAUUAUUCCUCGGUUUUGGCUCCACCAUCGCAGUAACUGCAGCUCCCAUCUAUCUAGUUGAGAUGUCUUACCCUUCUUGGCGCGGAACCUUGACUGGUCUAUAUAAUGUAUGCGGCUGGUAUAUUGGAUCCCUUGCCUCGACAUGGACUGCCUAUGGAACGGGUCGACUAACAUCGAAUUGGUCAUGGAGGAUCCCCGUCAUGAUUCAGGUCGUCCCCGCGGUUAUCAUCCUGUGCGGAGUAUGGUUCAUCCCAGAAAGUCCCAGGUGGCUCAUGGGUCACGGUAAAGAAGAGCAGGCCCGAGCUGUGCUCAUCAAGUAUCACGGAGACAGCAAUCCCGAAUCAGCUGUCGUGAAAUUGGAGCUCGAGGAGAUGCGUGCAUCCAUCGAAUACCAAGCAGAAAUCGAAGCCAGCCAAAAAUGGUGGGAUUAUCGCAUGCUCUUGGACAACAAGGAGAACUUGCGCCGCAUGUACUUGCUCUUCCUAGUCGCGAUUUUCUCCCAGUUUAUCGGUGGUUCGGUCAUCACCUACUACAUGCCCGUCAUUCUAGAGAACGUUGGCAUCACCAGCUCUUCUCAGCAGCUUCUCCUUAACGGCGUCAAUGUCAUUUUCGGAUUCUUCAGCGGCAUGGCAGGCUCAUUCAGCGUUGAGAAGUUUGGGCGCAGACGUCUGUUUCUUUGGGGCACAUUCCUGACAGGUCUCGUCUAUAUUCCCAUCAACGUCAUCGCAGCCAAAUCUCACGGUCAUGUUGACACCUCAACCGGUUACGCCUUUAUUGCGAUGAUUUUUCUGUAUGGCAUCUUCUGGUCUUUCUGCUGGACACCGCUGCAGUCUUUGUACCCAAGCGAAGUGUUACGCAAUGACAUUCGAGCCAAGGGUAUGGCCGCCUCCGGUUUCUUCAGUGGUGUUUCGGGCUUCAUCAACACUUAUGCCACACCGAUCGCCCUUCAGAAAAUCGGCUGGAAGACAUACACCAUUUUCCUCAUUCUACAUUUUGUAGAGUGGGUAUUGAUGUACUUUGCUAUCGUCGAGACAAAGGGCCGGUCUCUCGAAGAAAUCGACGAGAUUUUCAAGAGCGCUAACCCUGUCAAAACAUCCAAGCAGAAGCACGAAGUCUACAUCAAGGACGGCACAGGUGUCACUGCCGACUUGGGCGCAAAGGAAGCCUGA